AGACUGAAUAAGAAUAUGCGAGAGAUGUGACAGAGAAUGUUCUGGACAAAUGAUGGAUUGAUUGCAUCAGUUUCUGGAAUGGCAAUGAAAUACUGAAUAGGAGCGUCAAACCUCACCAGAGAUUUUCAUUACAUUGUCUUUGAUGUUGUAGUUACAAGUGUAGAACUGGAACGCUUACGAUCACAACACUGUGGAAAGUUUAAAUGUCUGAUCGUGACACGACUCUUGUCGACAUCAGAAUGGUUAAGUGACAGGUGUAGUAGGUGGAAGCACCUUCAGGUACAUGUUCAUCUCGAAGCUGAAUGGCCUAAGCUCACCAAAGGCAACUAGGGAGAGAGAGGAAGAGAGGAGAGAGGUAGAAACUAGGGCACUGUUAUCUGGCCCCUUUUUACCAACCUCCAGGCACAAGGCAGAGAAUGAGAAAGAAAGAGCUGUGGACAGGAGAACAGGAGAGAGGAGAGGACAUCAGAAGUGUAGUGAAGCUGUAGACAAGACGGGGGGAACCUCUGGAGUCAACAUCCGGCGUCAAGGACCUGAAGAGAAACAAGGCGAAGGCAACUUCAGCUGUCUCGCGCGGGGCUUUAAGAUCACACACACUCCAUCUAUACGCAGCCACAUACACACUAGCCUUUCACUUACACACACACACAAACGUGCAAACACAGGCACGCGCACGCACACAUAUCCACAACUGUGCGCACGCACGCACACACACACACACGCAGGCACGCACACUGGAAAGAAACAUGUUCGAGGAGCAGGCGACCAAGGUCAAGAUCACAUCUGUGGUGAUCCUGGUGGGCAUGUCGUCGAUGCUGGCAGCGGUGGUCACCGACCACUGGGCCGUGCUCAGCCCACGGGUGGAGAAACUCAACGCCACCUGCGAGGCAGCCCACUUUGGCCUCUGGAGGCUCUGUAAGAAGAGCAUCUUCAUCGUGGAGGAGGACCCCCAGGGCAAAGGUUGCGGCCCCAUCAGCUUACCUGGAGCAAAAAACUGCUCCUACUUCAAACACUUUACGUCGGGGGAAGAAGCUGAAGUAUUUGAAGUCAAGACCCAAAAAGAGUACAAUAUCUCAGCAGCAGCCAUCGCCAUAUUCAGUCUGUUCUUCAUGAUCCUGGGCACUCUCUGUGUCAUCUUCUCCUUCGGGAAGGGGCGGGAUUACCUGCUCCGGCCUGCCGGGAUGUUCUUUGCCUUCGCAGGCCUUUGCAUCAUCAUUUCUGUUGAGGUAAUGCGCCAGUCUGUCAAACGCAUGAUCGACAGCGAUGAGACCAUCUGGAUCGAGUACCACUACUCCUGGUCCUUUACCUGCGCCUGCGCCUCCUUCACCCUGCUCAUCCUCAGCGGAGUUGCCCUGCUCCUCAUCUCCAUGCCCCACAUGCCACGUAAUCCCUGGGAGACCUGCAUGGACGCUGAGCCUGACACCUUAGAUUAGCCACAGGUGAUGCAACAGAUGCACGUCUGAGGAGCUGGUGAAAAUGACAAAAAAAAACCUAACAAAAAAAAAAACACAAGUAGCCCUUUAACUUCCUAUCCUGUCCCACAUAUUUAUCAUUUCAGCAAGCUCCUUUCCAAAGCAUUUAAAAGUUUUUAGCCUGAUUUCCCACCUUCCAGAUGUCCACUGGUUUUAGUUCAUGUGAGUGAAAUAUCCAAAAUCUGCUCGGAGAGACUUGCAUGCUAGAUAACCACAGCAAAAACAAUGACGUUCAAGUUGUCGUCACACAGAAUGCGUGUGUUUAAGAGUUGAGGGAUAAUUACGUCACAUCUGAGACCUAUACUUUUUUUUUUAAAGCAAGACUUUAUCAAACUAGCAUUAGAUUUUUUCACAAGGUCCAUGUAUGCCUACUGUUUGUGUGUAUCAAUUUGUCUCAUAAAUACAAUGCUUUUCAGCAGCAGUGUCUGAGCUUUCCGCCAGCACCUGAACACACCACGUGAACCCUGCAUGUAAUUGCAUUACCACAUGACAAAAAAAGAAAGAAAGAAAGAAAUUUGAGUGAAAAACAAGGCAACUUAGUGUCCACUGUGAUAGAUCACCUGUUUGAAGCAAGGUUAAAAUUUUGUUCAUAAUUUACUAAAAUUAACUGCAACCAGUGGAUGACUGGAAAUGAAAGGUAGAUCCAUCUAGAGACUUUGGAAAAUGUUCAUGCACAAACAAUUUGUAGCAAACAUGAAUCAUCCUUUAACACUUGAUCUGAUCGGUUAAUGUAUUUGGUUUAUAAAGUGCAACAAUGAAGAGUUUUUGACACAGUACAACGCAAAGAAUCCCAAACUGUCGGUCAGUCAUGUAAAAAAAUACGAUUUAAACUUGUAUAUGUUCAUGAUUGUCUAUUUUCACAGCAGCUGAACUGUCCAUCUGUCACUCCAAUGAAAGUAAAAUGAUUUUCAGAUGAUGAACUAGAACUAGAACUACUUUAAAAAAAAAAAAAAACAGUAUGACAACAAACAGGCAACACAUUAUGUGAUCAAACCUUAAGAAUUAAUAAAUCAAAUUAGGGAGGAAUAAAAGACCAGGCACGAUUUACACACACACACAAAAAAAAAAACAUAAAACUGGACUAUACCUGAUACAAACAGUGAGUCAUUGAGUCAUUAUACUGUAACACAAAGUGAAGAAGUGAAUUGUUGUAAUGGGCUACUGUCACUGCUGUCUUUUCUUUUUUCUCCAAGGACUUUCUACAAUCAAUCUGUGCCAUUCAUUGUCUCCUGAGAGACGACUUGCCUGAUUCUCCCUCAUUGACAUCAGUCAUUGAUUUCAGGUCAAUGUUCAAGACCUCUGGUGACUCAGGUCCAGGAGCUCUGAUCCAUAAUAUUGUCCAUAAUAUUUGCUGAGGGUUUUGCUUUGAAUGUUAGAAAAUGUAAACUGCUUUUAGUGGAAAAAAACAAAGAUACUAAUAAAAGCAACUACCCAUUUGCUAGACCGCCACCCUGAACAGUGACUGUCCAGUCAAUACUCAGUGUAGAGAGAGUAUGGAUGUUGGUUUCUUCCUUAAUAUAUCUCCAAAACCAAACACACAAGCACAAAUGUGUAAGAAUUGGAUUUAACAUAAGCUGCAAAUGUUACCAUUUCCAGCUAACUAACUAGCACAUCCACUGUGUUUCACUGUGUGAAAACCAGUCCUGGAUGCAACAACAUAAGAGUGAAGGUGUGGCUUAAUUUAAACUUUGUCACAUGGAGAGCUGAGGUGAAACCUGAACUUCAUGUUCAGCUCCAGAAGUGAGAAAACCUCCUUCAAAAUCCCACUUACAUUUUUAACAUCACAGGAGCGAACACUGUAAAAGUUUUUUGAUGCAGAGACUACUAGAACACUGAAAAAAAAAUCACUUUAGAAGAAACCAUUGGUGAGUUUUGGAUAUGGAUGAAACCACUUUACAAUGAAAUAUCCACGCUGCUGUACUUGUAGUUUUAUUUUACUGUGUAUUUUUAUUAUUUAUCUUAUUUAGGAGCUGUAGUUUUUUGGAUCCAAGAAGGUUUUCCAGUAACCAGUGCUGCAGUGAAAGGUGAUUUGUCUUUGAAUACGGAGAGAACUCUCCAGAAACACAUUUAGAUUUUCACAAAAACCAAUGAAACAAAUGCUAAAUGAGUGAUUGUAUUGAGCUAUUGAAGCUAUGGAGGCUAGUCUGGAUGUUAUGUCAUAACUUUGGCUCUCUAUAACUGUGGGUUAUGAAGCAUAUCUUCACAUAAAAUAUAUCAUAAACAUCCAUAUAGGAUUUAUUUCAAAUGUAGAAAAAAAAAAUAGAUGUCUGUGGCACUUAUGAUUUUCAUUUGCAAUGCUACAGCCUAUUAAAUGAUAUUACUUUUCUUUUGGGGCCAUAUAUACCUAAAGCUAAAAUAUAUAGGAUAAGUAUGACACAGAUGACUUUUUCAUUUAAUUAUUGCCUAUGAUUGUGAAAUAGUACCUUAAAGCUUGAAGAUUUUUCUGUUCUGUAGACAACUACUGUAUAUUGUUGCUGUCAGAUGAAAACCCCAUUCAGACCAACAGCCUUUCUUUUUAGUGGCUUUUUCUUUUGUCAUGUUCAAAUCAUAGACAAACUUUUCAGUUCUAGUACAAUCAAUAAAAACACGAAAAUCAGAUUUCAUCUGACAGCAGUAAUUUUUUAUUUCCUGUGUGGAUUUUACACAAGGGUUGUAUAUUGUUAGCAAAAUGGACAUCUCCUUCUAACAUGUUAUUUUUACAGUGAGUCACUCUGGCCCCGAAGUCAUUCAGCUGGUGCAGGUGCAGUGAAAUUAAAGUUCCUUAAAUGAUGUCGUUUCACAGGGGAACACAAGAAGAAAUGAUUACAUUUAGCUCUGAGGUCCUACUGAGAAGAACAUUUCCACUUUUCUUACUGCAAUUGAAAAAGUUACUCAACCAUUGUACAGGUUUAUAUUGUUAAAAAAAAAAGAAGAAAUACCUGAAUGUUUUUUUUUUUUCUUUUUCAUUUUAUUGACUAUUUUAUAUAAUUUGGUGUGAGUCGUGCCAUCAUGUGCAGCUGGUCAGGAGCGAGCUGUUGAUUUCAAUUAAUAGCUGAAAAAUAAGAGAUAUUUAAUACAAUAAUGAUAAACAUGUAGGAGUUUCAUACACAGAAUGCCCACAAUUUGACUCACCAAGAGUAUAGUAUGAUUUGUAUUUUAUUUUAAAUUUGUAAAUGCUCUGAUUGUCCAUGACUGUCUUUUUUCAAAAGAACUAAAAUAAAAAUGGACCACUAAACAGGUCAAUAAUGCUGUUUGAUGAUGGUAUGACUUCUUGAUGUACUGAUGUUUAAUCAUGUUAAUAUCGCUCUUCUUGCAUUACUGUAGAAAGUCUAUACACAUACAGUAUCAAAUCAAUUAGUUAUAGCUCUUUUCUUCCUAUUGUGCUUUUUAUGUUUACCUAUAGAUAGAGAGAGUCAAUAGAUGGAUUUAUUCAGGAAAUAAAGAUGGCUUUUCAAGUCUUUUCUUUAGCAAA